AUCCAAAGCAAGAAAGACGAUGAAUCUAUGGAGGAAUAUACAGACUUUGAUGAUGAAAUUCAGCACAAACCUGUCAUUGAGAGUGAUGAAGAGUUUGACAGUGAAUUGAUCAAGUCUAUAGAAGAUCUGGAAAACAGCCCAGAGUAUGACACUGGAGCAAAAUCAUUAACGAAUAGUAAAUCUUUAAAUAAUGUUGUGGAUGAUGAAGAAGAUGAAGGCAUUGAAGAAGAGAUUGAAGAAGACUGGGAUCCAUGUCUACCUGAACCAAACACUGACCAGAUAUCUUGCUUGAAGACUUAUUUUGGUCAUUCAAGUUUUAAACCAGUUCAGUGGAAAGUCAUUCAUUCAGUUUUAAAAGACAGAAGAGACAACCUUGUUGUCAUGGCAACAGGCUAUGGAAAGAGUUUAUGCUAUCAGUUUGCACCAGUUUACACUUCUGGUAUUGGGAUUGUCAUCUGUCCCCUGAUUUCACUCAUGGAAGACCAAGUGUUGCAGCUA